AUGGCCACGCAAGCACUGAACCGAGAUGAAAUCAGCAACCUCUCCUUCAUCCUCGACAAGCCAUACCAAGUCUCGUACGCGGAGCGGCCCAAGCCGACCCUCUCCUCACCCCACGAUGUCAUCGUCGCCGUCAACUACACGGGCAUCUGCGGCUCCGACGUGCACUACUGGAGCCACGGCGCCAUCGGCCACUUUGUCGUCAAGGACCCCAUGGUGCUGGGCCACGAGUCGGCCGGCACCGUCGUCGAGGCCGGCAGCCAAGUGACGCACCUCGCGCCCGGGGACCGCGUCGCCAUCGAGCCGGGCUCCGCGUGCCGGCGGUGCCCGGACUGCCGCGCCGGCAGGUACAACCUCUGCGACGCCAUGGUCCAUGGGCGCCGGGCCCGUCGGCCUGCUGUCGUCAGCGUCGACAUCGUCCCGUCCAAGCUCGACUUUGCGCGCCGCUUCGCCUCGACGCACACCUUCCUCUCGCGGGGGGGCGCGCCCGAGGAUAACGCCCGGGAUAUCCGGGAGCUGGCGGGCAUUCCGCGGGGCGCUGACGCCGUCAUCGAUGCCAGCGGCGCUGAGCCUUCUAUCCAGACGGGCCUGCAUGCCGUCCGCGUCGGCGGCACCUAUGUCCAGGGCGGCAUGGGCAAGCCCGACGUCAACUUCCCCAUUAUGGCUAUGUGUCUGAAGGAGGUUACGGCGCGGGGGUCCUUCCGCUACGGCCCUGGCGACUACGAGCUGGCUGUUGAGCUUGUUGCCAGCGGCAAGGUCGACGUCAAGCAGCUCGUCAGCGAGGUCGUGCCGUUUGAUCGGGCGGAAGAGGCGUUUAAGAAGGUCAAGGAGGGCGAGGUCAUCAAGAUCCUGAUUGCCGGCCCCAAUGAGAAGAUUGACGAGGUUUAG